AUGGGUAAUAUGUUUCCUGGUUUAAAGCAUAAACCAAACUCAUCAAGUAUUGGUGUUAAUAGUAAUGUUGGUCUACAACAUAACCGUGGUUUAGUUGGUGUGGAAGUCUCAAGUGAUUUAAAAAUAGUCCAGACCAAUAUUGUUUCAUUUGCUCCUCAAAACACAACGUUAAUGAGUUCCUUGACAAAUCCUCCAGGUUUUAAGAAAUAA